UGCUCGAGUCAAGCACCAUUUUCCAGCCAAUGAAAUUCAGGGAAGCAGGAUUCUCAAAUGAGACGUUGCAGUAUCCCUGCUCAGAAGCAAAUCCACAAACUAGCUUGCAAAAUUGAGCCAAGUGCUUUUACCUCGGGGAUAUCCUGCAGCUGGCACACUCUGCUUUGUCAGCACCAGUUCUCUCGGCAGCUGUGUUGUGCUCAGUCAGAAAGUUCAUGACGGUUGCUGACGGGGACUCUUUAGCGCUCAUCAUGCCUGUCCGAGCAGAGUGCUGCAGCACCACCAGCUCGGCCUGCCCAUCCUCGGCCUCUCUUGUUCCUCCAGCCCCGAUCAACACCCACCAACCGGGGGUGGCCACCUCGCUGCUGUACAGCGGCUCACAGUUUCGGGGUUAUCAGAAAAGCAAAGGCAACUCCUACGACGUUGAGGUCGUUCUGCAGCAUGUGACUGUAGAGGACUCAUAUUUGUGUGGAUACCUGAAGAUCAAAGGCCUGACUGAGGAGUAUCCCACUCUCACAACGUUCUUUGCUGGUGAAAUUAUCAGUCGAAAAAGGCCCUUUUUAACCAGGAAGUGGGACGCAGAUGAAGAUGUGGACAGAAAGCACUGGGGCAAGUUUAAGCCUUUUCACAGAUAUGCCAAAAGCUUCAAUUCCGAUGACUUUGACUAUGAAGCCCUGGACAACAGUGAUUAUAUCUUCAUGAGGUGGAAGGAGCAGUUUUUAGUUCCAGACCACACCAUCAAAGACAUUAGCGGUGCCUCCUUUGCUGGCUUCUAUUACAUCUGCUUCCAGAAGUCCACAGCCACUAUUGAGGGGUACUAUUAUCACAGGAGCUCAGAAUGGUACCAAUCUCUAAACCUAAACCACGUUCGAGAGCACAGUAUGCCUAUUUAUGAAUUUCGGUGACAAACGCACACUCACACACGUGUUGAAUCGAGGAGGAGACAGUAUAUACCGCCCUUGGUUAAAUGGAACGGGAACAACAGAGAGCCCUCUGGUGCCAAGAUUGAAGCUGACCUGUUUUCCUCGCUGAGGGGAAAGAAACGUGGUCAGUCACUCUUCUGGUGGACUGACCAAAGGAAAGCAAGCAAGAGAGAGAGAGAAGAGUUUAAAAGCAAAACAUGUGGCAGAUGAACAGUUGUUACAGUUGCUGCAGAACUGAUGUUGGCCACAGAUUGCAUUUCUUAAUAUUGUUUUGUCCUUUUUUUUUUUUUUUGGUCUGUUUUUUUGUGUUCGCUGAUUUCUUUGCACUCUGAUAGGAUCUGUCUCCCUGUAGGUGGAUAUCAAAAUAAGUUCACCCUCAGUGGAAACACUAUACACUCUUGCCUUUCAGUUAAGAUUUGCAGAAGAAAAGAGCAUAAAAAUGCAAGAAGAGUUUUGUUCAGUAAAGCUUAAUUUAUUUCACUUAUUUUAAAUGUAAAACAUCUUUGCACUAUCACUCUGGCUCCCCUUAGUGCAGAGUAUUGUGAUGAGGUUAUUGCCAAAAGAUUGCAGGAGAAGCAAUGUUGAGUAGUGAUCUACUUUUUAUGCAAGGUCUGUAAGACUCAAAAUUAUGGCCUGUUGCUCAGGGAUGGCAUGUUAGGGCAGUAUUGAAUAAUUGAAAACUAUCAGCUGAAUGUGGGUGUUGCCUGACUUUGGAGUACAGCAAUGUUGACCUCUGAACAGGUCAUUAAUGACCAGUAACUAAUUUUUUUUCCAAGCUGCUGCUUUUUGAAAAGAUCCUCGAAACACACUUGUCCCAACAAAAAGUCUACACAAAGUUUCAGAUCAGAUUUUCUCUAUGCAAGCCAAAGCUCACUAGUAGGUCGGAACUUAUUUUAUUUCGGAUUAUUUCUCUUCCAGAGUUUAUUUUUUUAAACCUUGAGUGAAUAUAUUAGAGUGUAGAAAUAAGUACAUCUAUUUAAUUACAGUGACCAGCGUUUGAAGCUCAGAUAUGUGAACGCACAUUCCAAUUCUGUUCCAAAAAUGUUAAGAUUUUCAGAAUUUUAGCCACUUAAACAGUCGCCAACACACAGUAGACCAGCAGAGUAGAAAUUUCAUGAUGUGAGUUUGACUGACUGGAAAAGCUGAGAUGUAACAUGUUAAAAGCAAUUCAAUCUGUUGAUAAAAACUUAGUUAUAUUCAAUCUUUCUGUAUUUUUUCCUUCUAUAGAAACGGCUGAAAACAUUCAAUUCACUGGCUUGUUCUCGUAGCCUUAAGUCAAAGGCACAACAGUUGGCCAAACACAAAAAAAGGCGUAAUGUAUGUUGCUUAUCGACACUGUUCUGUCCUCAUUGGAAAAUGUGAUGUGAAAAAGCACCUUUUGUGGCUCAUGGAGACAAGUCUGAAGUAGGUACAGGUGAUUGAGGAAAAAAUAAAAUCUCCUUUGAUGCUUUAGGAAAAGAAAAAACUGCUGCCUUACCAUUUCAAAUGUCUGUAAAGCUUUUUUAAAAAGAACAAAGGAUUAGGUUAUUAAUGGUUUGUUUGAAAGAAAUCAUGAAAAUAUGUUUUUGUGUUUGCGAGAAACUGUGCAAAAAAAAAAAAAAAAAAAGACAGGACUCUUGAUCAGCCGCCUGAAGGUUUUUGAAGUUCCUCUGGAAAGUGUUGGCACAGAAGUUCAGUGCUGGAGAGCGCAUGUGCUCCACCUGCAUCUUUGUUGCUCAGACUUUCAGCGGAUUUGAUGACUUGUGGGAAUACUGUAUAAUGUACAGCUUUUUUUUAACCCAAUUAAGUGGAAUUCAAAAUAGUUUUUUUUUCUUUUUUAAUGAAUCAUAUAAUGGAGAAAAAAAUCAAAAUGUGCAAUGCAAAAAACAAAUGUUUAUGUGGGAGUGUGUCUUUAAAUGUCUUGAGUGAAUACACCUGAUUUAAAGAGGCCAGUUUAAAGAAGAUGAUGUAUGAUAAGUCUGCUAUGAGUGCAUUGUAUGAGGAGAAAUAAAGAGUGAAUUAUUUCAUACACAGCUA